UUUUUGUCCAAUCGGAUUUCGAGUAGGACUGUCUUGGCUCAACAGCUUGUUAUUUCGUUUAUAGCUUGCAAUUCUGGUCAAGUGGGGAGCACUGGGCCUUGAAGGGUUUGCGUGUUCCGAUGAUCCACUGGUUGUUCUGUUUAUAGUGAAGACCAAUCCUCGAGCUGGAAUCUCUCAAAUAACCUUUGAGGAUGAAGGCAGCAGAUGAGCCUGCCUACCUGACAGUGGGGACGGAUGUUAGUGCCAAGUACCGUGGUGCCUUCUGUGAGGCGAAAAUUAAAAGUGUGAAAAGACUUGUGAAAGUAAAGGUUUUCCUCAAGGAAGAUAGCUCAAAUCAGUUAGUGCAAGAUGACCAAGUAAAAGGACCUUUAAGAGUUGGAGCUACUGUGGAAGUGAAGUGCCCUGAUGGUUCCUUCCAGGAUGCUAUCAUCAGUAAAUUAACGGAUGCUAGUUGGUAUACAGUCGUUUUUGAUGAUGGUGAUGAACGGACAUUAAGGCGCACCUCACUAUGCUUAAAGGGGGAACGGCACUUUGCAGAGAGUGAAACACUUGACCAGUUACCAUUAACAAACCCUGAACAUUUUGGCACCCCUGUCAUUGGAAAAAAAUCUAAUAGAGGAAGGAGAUCUUCACUCCCACUCCCCGAUGAUGAAAAAUAUGAAGAGUCUAGUGAAGAGGAUGACGAUGACCUAAAACGUACCAUUGAUGAUUUGCCAGGCAAAGUUGUGUGUGUUGAGGUCAUCUUGGAUGACAGCAGUUCAGACUGGUAUCCAGCCUUGGUGUUGUCUCCCAGCUGUAAUGAUGAUUUGGCAGUGAAGAAGGAACAAUGUUUAGUACGAUCUUUUUCCGAUUCUAAAUUCUACUUGGUAGCAAGAAAAGAUGUGCGGGAGCUUGAAGAGAGCACACUGCCGAACAGCAAACAAGGACUUCAGGAAGCUUUAAGGUUCUGGAAGAAAAAGACAAUACCUGAAAGAUGGAAAAUGGAUUUGAACAGUAUAUUGGACUCUUCAAGUAGUGAAGGGGAAGAGGAAGAUCAGGAGGGGGAGCUGAGUGCUGAUGAAGAUGAAGAGGACAAAGAGGAGGAAGUGCCAGAGGAAGAACAAGACCCUGAGGAGCGAGACAAUUUUCUACAGCAGCUCUACAAAUUCAUGGAAGACAGAGGUACUUCCAUCAACAAACCACCUGUUCUAGGCUAUAAGGAUCUCGACCUCUUCAAACUUUUUCGUCUUGUGCAUCAGCAUGGAGGCUUUGACAAUAUUGAAAGUGGCUCAGUUUGGAAGCAGAUUUACACAAGCCUUGGUAUUCCAAUUUUGAAUUCAGCUGCCUCUUACAAUAUCAAGACAGCUUACAAAAAGUAUCUUUAUGGCUUUGAAGAAUACUGUCUUUCUGCUGGCAUUCAGUUCAGAACAGUUCACCAUAAUAAUCCUAAAGAAGAACAGCUUACUGACAGUGAAACACUGGAGGAUGAAGAGGAGGAGGAAGAGGAGGAGGAGAAGGAAACAGCAGUAAGGCAAGAGCAGACUUCAUUGCCUGAAGAAGAGGAGGAAGAUGAGGAAGAAACUGAAGAAUCUGAUGCUUUGAAAGCAACUAUUGUUGAGGACGAGGAGGAAAAAGAGACUGACUCUAUAGAAGAGGAAGGGGAAGAAGAAGAUGCAGUAGACACCAAAGAUUACGCUGUAGAUGAACCACUUUCCAAAACUUUAACUUUUGAGGCAAACAGCAAAGACUCAGAAACUGAAAGUGAGAAAGAAAUUGAAGUACGGCCAAAGAGAGGACGACGGAGAAAGUUUCGAGAUCAAGUGUCAGCUAAAAAAGAAGGAAAGGGACCCCAAAUGGAAGAUAAAGUAAUGGAGGAAAGUAACAGAGAAAAUGAAAUAGUAGAAGAAAAGGAAAGGGAGACUAGUACACCAGUAAGAAAAAUGAUCCCUAAGCAAAGGGCAGAGAAAGUAAUUAAUAAAAAAAUAGAGGAAUCUGAUAAAGAUUCAGAUGAGGAAGAAGAUGAUGAAGAAAGGGAGGAAAGUGAAAACAGAGAGUCAGAUGAGGAAAAGCGUGAGGGAAAUCUGGACCUCUUUUUAGCAGGAACUAAAGUGAAAGUGAAGUAUGGACGUGGAAAAACACAGAAGAUAUAUGAAGCUAAUAUCAAGAGUAGUGAAAAUGACAAUGGAGAAACUCUCUAUUUAGUGCACUACUAUGGCUGGAAUGUAAGGUAUGACGAAUGGGUGAAACCUGAUAGAAUUAUCUGGCCAUCAGAAAAAGGUGGAAGAAAAAGAAAAUACAAUAGAAAAUUAAAGGUAAACUGCAAGAUAAGUUUUUUUUUUUUCUCUCUCUUUUUUAAAGGUCAUGCCAUUCAGUGCUUCCCUAGAAAUAAAUAUGGGACACCACGACGAAGGACAAGGCAGACGUAUGGACUGUAUGAUUCUGACCAGGGUUCAAAUGAUUCCAGCAGCUCAUCAGAUAGUGAAGUUGAUGAACCAUCUGAGAAGGUGAAGGAAGAAACUCAUCUAGAGGUCAAACAAGAAGAAUUGAAUGAAAAAAUAAUCAGUGAAAACCAAGUGGACCAACAAAGCCUUGCAUGCUGUGAAGAACCAAAAGAGAAAUGUCACACAGCAUCUCUAGAAAUACCAGUGAAACAAGACUGUGAAGAACCUGGUGACACUGCACAAAAUGAUGAAAAAAUGACUGAAGUAGUAGAGGAAGCAAAAAAAGAGGCAGAGAAGUCGCCAAAAUGUAGAGGGAGAAAGUGCAAAACAAGAGACUCUGGUAUGUUGUGUCUCAGGGCCCCCAUGUUUGACUUUAUAGAGGAGCUCAGUAAAUUUCAGUCAGAAAUUGAUGGGGUUGGAAACCUAAGUAGUUCUGUAGACCCUAUUGCAAUAAUGGAUGAAGAAGAAAAAUGUUUGGAUGUCAGCUCAUUCAGCGAGGAUAGUGUAAAAGAAGAUAAAAGACCAGUUAAAAGAAAGUCAUCUGAUCCAGCAUCACCCGAUAAAAAAAUUAAACUUGAGGAUGAACUAGAAUUAGCAAAAGAAAUAUCUGAAGAAGAGACUGAAGAGUGCCUUAUUAAAGCAGAAGGUAUAGAAAACUGUCAUGAAAACCUGCCUGAAAAUGAUAUUAAAGAAAUACCAUCAUUGUCUAUAGAGGAGCACAGACUUGGAACAAUUGAAGAUAAUAAAAACUCUGUUCAGUUUGAGGAUACAGAGGAAGAUGCAUCAAAAUUUGAUGAGGAUUAUAUGCCUCAUAUUGGACCUGAGGCUUUAGUUUGCCAUGAAGUAGACCUAGAUGACUUGGAUGAAAAAGAAAAGAGUAGUAGUGAAGAUACUGUGAUGGAAAAGUAUGAACCUCCCACCCCAACGGUCCAUACUCCUCUCUUAUCGUCUAUGGUGCCACCAAAUUUUUCACUGGUUUCACCCCCAGUGCUAUGUCAGGAUGAGUCCCGUAGCAUUAAGAGUGAAAGUGACAUUACUAUUGAAGUGGACAGUGUGGCAGAAGAAUCACAAGAGGGCCUUUGUGAAAGUGAGUCGGUCAAUGGCUUUGAAGCCAGCACCACUUCCAGCACCUGCAGCUUAUUGAUACAAGAGCAGGACAGUAGAGAAAUCAAUCAGAAAAGGUCUGGGGACAUCAGUAUUAGCUCACUGACUAAGAAACAAAAGCGUAAUCAAAAGCGGUCAAGUGCUGCAUCCAUAAAUGAAACAAAUGGGGGUCAUAGCAGUGACAGUGAAGACCUCUCGAUUACAGAGAGUUCAAGUAAAUGCACUUCAUUGAAGCAUGGUGGCUUAAUUAAGCCACAGAAACUUGCUCGACUAUCCUCUCUUAACAGUAAAGAUGGCGAGAAGGACAAGCACAGAGAGAAGCAUCAGAAUAUAACUGCAAGGUCAUAUAAGUGGAGUUUUCAGAUAACGGAACUAGAAAAUAUGACAAGCACAGAACGGAUAAUUUUCCUACAAGAAAAACUACAGGAAAUACGAAAAUACUACAUGUCAUUGAAGUCUGAAGUAGCAACAAUAGACAGAAGAAGAAAACGAUUGAAAAAGAAAGAAAGAGAAGUUUCCCAUACAGGAGCUUUGUCAUCUGGUUCUUCAGACACAGGAAUGAGUCCAUCAUCUUCAUCCCCACCUCAAAACACAGUUGCGGUAGAAUGCAGGUGAUGAAAAUGUUCUCUCAGUGCAUUUCCAACAAACUGCUUCCAUGGACACAAGUGCUGAAAUAAACCAUAUGACAUAUGAAGCACUCACUUAGUUUGAUGGGGAAAAUGUCUACGCAUUUGUUCUCUGCUUCUGAAUUGCUUCCAGUUUCCACUUGUACUACCAAGGAAAUGAACAGACUUGAAUGUACAUUAGAAAUACAUAAGCUCAUACUUGCUUUAACUUAACACAACUGUACAGGAAAAAAGGCACUUUUAAAGAACCACCUCCUGAACAGAUCAAAUCUCAGGGAGGCUGGUUUUGUUUUCCAUUGUAAUCCAGACAGCAGGAAGUGCACCAGAUAAGUACUACUGUCAAACACUGUUAAAGAAACAUGGUCGCUACUUGCCCAGCAGACUGCCUUACAGUACUGUGUAAGUAGUUGUGCAACAUUGAAGUGUCUGCUAUGCAGAACUGCCAAAGUACAUGUGUUCAGCAGAGUGCCCAACUUUAAAAGUUAAUGGGGGCAAAAUAAAUUGUGAAGGGAAGUAUAGCUUACUGAAAACUAACGGCUGUAACAUGUCUUCCACUUUUAUAGGAUCCUGAGCACAUAAUUAUGCAAACAUUGUAAUUUUUAAAAAGGUUACAGUGGGAUUGUGAACAUGUUUUCAGUGGUCUAACUUGUUCCUUUACAAGACUGUUUUGUCCUUUUUUUUUCUAUGUGAUUUCAGAGUUUUUAUUUUAUUACAAAAAGUUUUGGGGGGAAAAAUAAAAAAAAAAAGAUAUCGCAGCAAUGAAGUUAUUUAAUGAGAUAUUUCUAGAGCUGAAAAUUUUGUGUAAAGUAUUAUCUUGCAACUUGUUAAAUAUAUAUUUAUUCAAAAGUGGAUGUUGUAUUUUUAUGUAUUUUUUAAAAAAAUGUUUAAAAACCAAAAAAAGCAUGCCCUUGUUAGUCCAGUCUUCUGGUUAGGUAACUGAAACUGCAGUUCACGCAAUACAGGAUAUUCUGCCCUCUUAUGUUUGUUCUUUGUUUUGUAAAGCUUUUUUCAUUCUGGCUUUACCAACAGUUUUAUAAGUAAAAACCCAUAGUCUGGAAUACAAAUUCAUAGCUGUUUGUGUACAGAGUUUUGAUGAGCAGAUUAUUUUGGGUUGGCCUUAAGAUUCUGAGAGUUUUAUAUUUACCUUAUUCCUGAAUGUUUCCAGUAAAUGGACAUUUCCUAGAGUUUGGAUGGAAAAGCAAUGUAGCGUAAGCUUUGUUGCAUCUGGAUAAUCUGUAGUUGGAAUAAUUUGUAAAUAAUUCUUCCAGAACCAUGUAUUUAAAACAAUUUGCAUAUACAUUGUGUAUAAAAGUGAUUUAUUUUUUAAUAAUUUUCUAUCUGUUUGUACAUUUAAAGGAUUCUGUGCCCCUUUCUCACUGUUUAUAUGCUUUAGAGUCUGUGGGUGCUUUAGACUGUAUAUAUGAUUCUGUGCUUCACAACAGCAGGACGUCCAAGCAAAAGUAUAGUAUUAUAGUGUAGCAUAAUUAAAAUCUAUGUAUGUUUGUUUUUUAUACUUAUUUUCCAGCAUUGUGAAUAUGUAGUUCAGUUUUUCCCCUAUAUUUUUGGAAAGUGACAGAAAGUUCUUAAACAAAAUGCACUUUUUCUGUCUUUUUCUGAGGAUAGCGGGAAGAACCUAAGUGUAAAAUAAAAUGGAGCUCAUUGCAGAGCAUUAAUAAAGGCCUGUUUCUAAACUUAA